ACGAGCCUCUGACUUAGCUAUGUUUGCAUGAGCAUAAUGUUGCAUGUUUGUGGUAAUAAUGGGUUUCUUGUGAAUUUUCCUAUGAAUGACUCCGUUGACCUUUACUUUUCCACUGUAUACUUCUGUCUUCUAUUUAGUAACAGUAGUGGGCUUUGUCAAAUCAGCAUGGAGAGUAGGCAUUCUCUUUAUUGAAAGCAACAAUCUUCCUGCCUAAAAUUUUCAACAUAUUCUUUUAUUUAUAGAGUGGUCUUUUGCAAAAUGAGAAGGUAAGAGAUGUACACAGCUCAGUAACACCAUGUCCAACAUUGUCCCCACCACCUUCCUCUCUCACUUAAACCAGUGCAAUUGUUUGCAGUGGUGCAGGUGCACAUUUGUACUGAAGGGAUGUUGCAGGAGUUUCUGUUCAGACAGUCAUCCUGUUAGACCCCCCAGAGCCUCAGGGCUGCUCAAAUGACGUUUUAUGUUAUGUGGUAUUUAUAGCCACAUGACUGCCAUGACACAUGCCAUGAUAUAUGAUGGUAUUCAGAUGCAGGCUGCAGGUUUCUCUGCUUAAUAGGAAGACUCAUAGAGUACCACACAGAAUAUGUAGAUCAAAUAAAUUGGGAAGCAUUUUUAGUUUAUGUGUUUUCCAAAUUUGAAUAACUUCCAUGUAUUCAAUGUGACUGUUAUUCUAUGUGUAGGUAAUUAACUAUUAUGUUUUCUAUCUUUUAUCUAAAGCAUUAAUCCAGUGGAUUCAUUUUCAUAUUUUAGUUUAUUUAAAUUGCUUAUACUCAUCAUACUACAUCAUUGUGGACCAUUUUACAAAGCAUUCAAUAUGUUUGGUUUACGUUCAUUUAGUAUACUAAGAAAAUCUCCUUCAGGGGACUUGAAACUUGCUUUAGAUUCAUAUUGAGCAUGUAAUCAGCCCUUUUUUGUUUUGUUUUUCCAACCAUUGCAUUUUAUUGUUUCUGACUUUUAAUUUUUUGACAGCAUAAACAUUGGCUAUUUCUGUUCAGUGCUCUCUGAAUCCACCAUUUUAACAAUCCCUGCUCAAAAAUGUUACAAUGGAUGGAUAAUCUAUCGCAAGCAAGUUAAAAUGAAUUGGAAACCAAUAUGUUAUUCUUUGGAAAAUGGCCAGGAUGAUGUAAAGUAUAUAUGAUUUGUAGUCUAAAGCAUAUUAAACCAGUUUGGUAAUUUUAAGAAAAGGACUAGACAAACAAAACCUUUACAAAACAGGGCUUUUAUGGAAGGACUGGUAGGCGAGGCAAUGAUUAGGUUUCACGAAUUGAAAUAGUUCUCUUUUUUUUUUUUCUUGUCCUGUUCUUCCCUGAAUAUUUCCGUUAUUAUGUAUCAGAGGACACUCUGUGAGACUUCGAUCCCUUUUUCUCUGCUCUCGACAGAUGAGAACUUCAUUCUCAAACAUGACAGACCCUUCCUGUUGUCGAUGGCCAACCGUGGGAAGGACACCAACGGUUCACAGUUUUUCAUCACAACCAAGAUGGCACCUCAUCUCGACGGAGUCCACGUCGUCUUCGGUCUCGUCAUCUCCGGCUUUGAAGUGAUAAAGAAGAUCGAAGGGCUGAAGACUGAUUCAUCCAGCAGACCCUACGCUGAUGUGAGAGUGAUGGACUGUGGACAACUUAUCACCAAGUCUGCUAAUGAUGUACUUGAAGGCAAGAGGAAACGAAACCAUUCUGCUGAGUCGUCCCUCAACUCCCAUGAUUCAUCCUCUCAGUUCUCCUCUUCAGUGGAAUCUGAAAGUGAAUCGGAUGAAAAGCACAAACAUCGCAAGCACAAGAGACACGUGAAGAGUAAACGGUCAAAAAAGAGAAGGAGGGAAUCAAAGAAGGAGAAGAACAUUCUGCCCUCCAAGCAAAGCUCUCGCAGUCCUCUGGAAAGAGAGAUGUUGGAGGAGGAGAAUGAAGUGGAGGGAGAGAAGGAGCAGAGUGGGAAGAGAGAGAAGCCUGUCGUCCGACCAGAGGAAAUCCCACCGGUGCCAGAGAAUCGCUUUCUGUUACGACGGGACAUGCCCUCUCAGGAAGAUAAAACAGAAAUAGUUGAGAAAGAAGACGCAUCUCUUACAGCUGAACAGAAACCAUCAGUCUCCAAGUCUGGACGGAAGAUCAAAGGCAGAGGAACGAUGAGAUAUCACACCCCCACAAGGUCUAAAUCACGCUCUGCCUCUGUGGAAGAGCGUGGUAGCAGUGAAACUCCGCCGCACUGGAAAGAAGAGAUGAAAAGAACCAAGGUUUAUCAACCGCCGAGCAUUGAGCGAUGGAGCAAAGGAGACAAAUUGAAUGACCAUUCCUCAAGCAGAUGGGACGACGGAAGUGACUCUGCGUGGUCCCGGUCUGCAGAACACUCCUCAGACCGCAGCUCUGAAAGGUCCAGCCAGCGGCGCCAGCAGAGGAAAGAGAAGAAGAAAGCCAAACGCAAGAAGAAGGCCAAAAAACGUAAACACAGCAAGAAGAAGAGCUCCAAGAACAAACCUCAAGAGCCUCACCUGUCAGAGGGUGAAAGGUCGGUGUCUUCAGAAAGAAAGUCCAGAAGAUCCCGUUCUCUGUCCCGCUCCUCUUCAAAUCAGCAUCAUUCAUCAACUCGGAGGAGACGGCGGUCCUCUCUGUCUCUCAGAGAGUCGCGGUCCUACUCUAGAUCCUACACUUCCAGUCAGUCCAGAUCUAAAGGGAGGUCCAGGUCUUACUCAAGAUCCAGGAGCCUUUCUAGUUCUAGAAGUCGGUCUUUGUCUAGAUCCAGAUCUCAGUCCUAUUCUCGAUCGCGGUCUAGAUCCAGGUCAAGAUCAAGAUCCCGUUACAGAUCUAGGUCUCCUUCCAGAAAGAGGAGUUCAUCCCGAUCCCCAAUAAAGAGAAAAUCCAGCAAGCCCAAACCGGACGCCAUGAUCCACGUGCCUGAGAAGCUUUCAGACAGCAAAGCCCCGCCUGUCCCCAGACUUCCUGCAGUCCCGGCUCCUGAAAGUGUCCCUGUGAUCCCGUUGAGCGACAGUCCUCCACCCUCACGCUGGAAACCUGGUCAAAAGCCGUGGAAGCCCUCCUACAUCCAUAUUCAGGAAAUUAAAGCUAAAGUAGCUCCUAGUAACAUUUCAUCCACUGGACAAGGAGCUGAUAGUGUGACAGAAAAAGCUCAGACUUCCGUUACACCCAAAUGUUUGCCAGGGGACUCUGGAAGCGACAAGCCACACAAACCUACAGGGCGCUCGCACAGCAGGUCCUCCAGAAGCAAGUCCUACAGCCGUUCAUACAGUCGCUCAAGGAGCAGAAGUUACAGUAGGUCCAGGUCCAGAUCCCCUUAUCAGUAUAACAGCAGGUCAUCCUCCUACAGCAGAUCAGAUUCUGAAAACUCCCCGAAAACAUCUUACAACAAGAAAAAUUCACUAGACAAGGAAUGGAAAGAGUAUUACAGCUCUCUGAGGAGGAUAGAAAAUUUAAAUAAGUACAUUUCACACACCAGUAGUCAGGAUACUCAGUCGGGUUCAGAGAAGAGGGCAGGCUGUGAGCAUAGCCCUGAAAUCAGCAUCUCCGGGAGAAGUGGCUCUUGGGAGAAAAUAAAAGAGAAAGACAGCACACAGGAUCAAGAGACAAAGCAUUUCAGCUCAGUGCCAGUGGAGAGCUAUAAUAGUAGGUCUGAAUGGGAUAGUGACAGCGAUAAAGUGAGCAAAAGCAACAGCGUUGCCCUGUCAAAAAAGCAGAAACAAGCAGUUCAGUCCAGCGAAGUUCUUGACAAGAAGUUGUCUGGAUGGAAUUCAGAAAGCGACUCUGAAAAUAUAACAGCCAGGACUUUGGCCAUAUCUGAAAAAGAGGAAGGGGAGGCAAGUUCAGAAUCAGAAUACGAGACUUUCAGAAAGACGUCAGAGCCAGUGGAUGCUCUGGCAUGCAAGAUUGCUGCUGCUGCCGCCGCCGCUUCUCACAAGUCAGAGGAAAGUCCUGAGAAGGCAGCAGAGCCAGAGAAGCACAAGAGCAAGAAGAAGGCCAAACGUAAGCACAAACACAAGAGAAGAAGUGAGAACAAAAGCAGUUCCCGUCACAGUAAAGAAAAGAGAAAGAGAUCUAAAAGGAAACAUCAGAAGCUCAAAGAAACUUUUCAUUGGCAGCCACCUUUAGAGUUCGGAGAGGAGGAAGAAGAAGAUGAAUCAAAACGAGAGAAACAUAGUCCUGGUAGAGCUGUCAAAGAAAUGCCUGAUGUGGACAGUAUGAAUGAAAUGGACCAACAUUUAACCUCUUUAAACAAGAAUCCUUUUAAAGAAGAAGACAGAGGGCAAAAGCGAGCAAAACACUCUGAACCUCAUCUUCAGACAUCCGGCAGGAACGGAGCUAAUAUUCCCACUGUCAAGAAAGAGGAGUCAUUUGAUGAUAUGGACAUUUGUACCCCAGAACAUGACGCUGAAAUCGUCGAACCUCCAAUUACAAAAGAUUCUCAUAAUAACGCCCCUGAAUUAACCCAAAAAUCAGAGUCUUCAGAUAUGGAAAGUAAAGAUAGAGCUUUACCUCAUAGCAAAGAACAGCCUUCUGUUACCUUCACAACAACCGCUGGUGGACCGCAAGAUGAAGCAACCACCAGCAAACCUACAGGCACUGUAAUCAAUUUCAAAUGGAGGCCUUUGAAAGGAAUGUCAGCCCUGCAGAAUGUGAACGUGUCCCCUGUUGCCACAAAAAACAUCCAACUUCAAGAGAACCAGACCUCCAACGCACACGGAGUACGAAUGGAGAUUAAAAGCAAAAGCCGGGUCCGACCGGGAUCUCUCUUCGAUGAGGUCCGUAAGACCGCGCGGCUCAACCAGAGGCCGAGGAACCAGGAGAGCUCCAGCGAGGAAAGGUCCCCCUCUGUGGGAAAGACGAGGGGAACGUCCCACACGCGGUCCCCAAAGAAGUCCAGGUCCGCGUCCAGGAAGUCUCGCUCCGUGUCAAGUCACCGGUCCCGCUCCAGAGGCUGGUCCCGCUCCUACAGCAGGUCCAGGAGUCGAUCCCGCAGCUCCAGUUAUUCCUCCAGGAGCCGCAGCAGGAGUCGGAGGAGACGUGGAAGAGGACGGUCACGCUCUCGCAGCAGCACAUAUCGAAGUUACAGGAGUCACAGUCCAACGUACAGUAGAAGUCAUUCCAGAAGUCGCUCAUAUAAUCGUCGUCGGAGAUCCAGGUCAGACUCUUACGACAGCUAUUCCAGCUGGAGUCGGAGCGUGAGCAGGAGACGGGGGCGCAGACGAAGUGACAGCUACAGGAGCUCAGACCGACGAUCCCGGUCGUACCGCUCCUCCAGCCGCAGUUCUUCCAGGCGCAGAAGUCACAGUCGCAGCAGUCGCUACAGUUGAGCUCUCGAGUCUGCUGGGAGGGAACAAAACCACAAAGUCUGGACACUGUGCAACACACAAUAGCAAUCGCUGUUAUCAUCUCAGAUUAGAAACUAAAGCUCAAAGAGGAAACAUUGUGUUAAUAGUUUAAUACCGUACUGUUUGUCCCUCCUACAUAAGCUGACAUGGUGUUUGCGGAAUUGUUAUUGUAUGUAAAUAAAUAAACCACAUUGCAAGCUCACACACAGGCAGAUCUUCUUUUAGACUGUCUCAGCUGAAGACAACUGGGCUAAAUCUUGCCAACAUGGCCACUCUAGCAGUUAAUAAAAGAAAAUGUCUAUGUGAUAAUUCAUGAGAAAUAAGUUGUAUAUAUUUUGUAUUAUUAUAUAUUUGUGUAUUCCUUUUCUACAUCUGUUUUUUAUACACUGAAAUGUACAGUUAGACAUACUGAAAGUGUCUCAGUAGUUCUGAUGGUGUGAGGAGUUGAGUAUAUUUUGAGGUCAUGGACAAGAUUCUUUAAUGGAAAAAAUAACUUUUUGCUGCAGUUUCAAAAGUGUCAUUUUUCUUUGUUCCAUUAGUUUUAUUACUGUAUCACGAAUGUUAAAACUGUACUCAAAGUAUAGUAUUUCUGAUUUGAUUCAAUCAGUUAUGAAUGUUUACACUUAAUAAAUACCACAUCAUCUUA